AUGCGUCAUUUUUACGAACUUGUUUUGGAAGACUACCCUUGUCGACUAUAUUUUGACCUUGAAUUUCCUUAUGAUGUUAAUAAAGAAGCUUGUGGGCCUAAAUUGACUGAAGAAUUUUGCAAAAUCGUUUGCCGUUCAUUACAUUCACUUUUAAAUAUUGACUUGGACCCAGUCAAAAAUUUUCUCAUUUUGGACUCUUCAAGUACUUCAAAAUUCAGUGCCCAUGUUAUUGUGCAUGUUAAGGAAGGAGAAAAUGAAAAACUUUUUCCGAAUAAUGUGGCCUUGAAAACUAUUGUUAUGUUUAUUUGCAGUAAUUUAUUAAAAUCAAAUUGUUGUAUUCUCAACGGCCCAAAAGACAGCCCAAUUUUUCUAUGUGACAUUUGUGUUUAUACAAAGAACCGCAAUUUUCGAAUUUUCCAAUCCAGCAAAUGUGGGAAGGAUGCAAUUUUACGAUUAGCUGAUUAUUGUCGAUUUUAUGAAGAAAAUGGCCAACAAUCGCCUAAAAAUGCCAAAAUUUUUCUUGACUCGCUUGUAAUCCCAUUUGGCUAUGACAAACUCGAAUUGGUCAAUUUAAGCUCAUUACCAGCCGUUUGCGCACUAAAUGCGACAGUUGAGGCGUUAAGAAGAAGACAUUCUAUGGGAAAGGAGGGAGCAAUUGAGCCUUUUAUAAAUGUUGAAAAUUUGGAUGUGGCGAGGGUGGAAGAAGAGGAAAAUGAGCAAAAUGUGCAACAACCAUCUACUAGUUUUGCUAUCCCCAGAGUUGCUCAUAGAUUGCUUACACACAGUAAUCCUCCAUCAUCUUCUGAUAAAUUUUAUUCAAAAGUUGUUGAAUUAACUGGUGGUCGUGAUAAUGUUCCUUCUCCAUUUCCUUUUAUAGAUGCUUAUAUGCUUCGAGUUUUUCGACGAUUUAAUUCAAGAGCUGAAAUUCGAAUGUGGCGUGUUAUUUGUGUUUAUGUUGACAAUUCUAAAGACGAGAAUAAUCGUGAUCCAUCUUCAAAAAAUAAUCCUACAGAACCACCCGAACGUCAUUACAAUCUUCAAUACCAGCUUAAUCAUUCAAAAUAUUGUAUGAGCCGUGGAAGAGAACAUCGAAAUCAAAAUGUUUAUUGGGUUAUCGACCUCACAUCUUUUUAUUUUGUCCAACGCUGUUUUGACAAAAUUGAUUGCCCUAAUUAUGUCUCCCCAGCAUUUGCUUUUCCUAGAGAAAUUUGCAAGAAAUUACAUGCUAGUAUAGGCCCAGUUUUUACAAAAUUGGGAAUUUCUUCAAAAGACUACACACUUCCAGAUUUGGAUGAUUUAUUGGAAAAACGUUAUCCUGCUGUUUCUGAUUCUUUUAAUAAAUCUAUUGAGUGGAGUGAAAGAUAUGGUGGUGCAAUAAACUUUCUCGAAUUACAUAGUACCCCAACUGUUUUAAAAGAACGAGAAAUUGCCGAACAAAAUAUUAGGCCAUCUGAAGAUGAAAUUGAUGUAGUAAAUUAG